CUCGCGGAGCUGGACCACUCAAUCCCCGCGUAAUUCAGGAAUCAGGACUCACUCAGAGAUCCCUCCUCAAGUCUGGAGCAAGUCGGCAAGGAGCGGCGUGUCGAGGACAGAGCAGACCAUUGUCACACAGGAAUAGACUAGGAGGGCAGGAUAGACUCUGCCCUAGAUAUAUAACACGUUAAUUAGAAAGUAUCGCUCAGAAUUUCAACUUGCAGGACGAAAGAGUUGUUGGUUAACCCCUCUUUUAGGGGGUUAACGCUACGGCGGAGGUGUCGACAUGGAUAAAGUUGUCAAUUGCUUGUUUGCUGCAAUAACCCUUCUGCUGUCCGUUCGAUCCGAAGUUUUUAGAGGUGACUGUAACUUUGAGAAGCCACUGGCAGGCUGCGGCUACAGCCAAGGCCGGGAGGAUGACCUUGACUGGGAGCAGGUCAUCGCCCGAGAGAAGCCCUCCCCGGAUCCCUGGAUGCCCUCAGGCCCCGCCUUCAUGAUGGUGAACACGUCGGGCCGCUUCGCCGGCCAGAAGGCCCUGCUGCUGACGCCCCAGCUGAAGGAGAACGACACCCACUGCGUCCUCUUCCACUACUACGUUGGAGGCCGGGACAACAGCCGGCCCGGCCAGCUCAACGUCUACAUCAAGGAGAACAACAGCCCUCUGGGCAUGCCUAUCUGGAACGUCUCCGGCCCCGCCACCCGCACCUGGGGCCAGGUGGAGCUGGCCGUCAGCACCUACUGGCCCAACUUCUACCAGAUUGUGUUUGAAGUGGUUACCUCGGGCCAGCGGGGUGUGCUGGCCAUCAAAGAUGUCGCCGUCCAGGGCCAUCAAUGCAUGAACACGCCUCACUUCCUGACCAUAAAGGGUGUGGAGGUCAAUGCUGGACAGACCGCUUCUUUCCACUGCACUGUCAAUGGUCGCAAGAGGGACAACUUUCACCUCUGGCUCCAGGGCAUCGGUGGACGCGAGGCCCCCAUGAAGGCCACUAAACCUUGGAACAACCGCCGCUUCAUAGGCACUUUCGAUGUGGAGAACACCACCAAGGGCGACUCGGGCCGCUACCGCUGCAUCGUCCACUCGGACAAAGGGGUUGGAGUGUCCAAUUACGGAGAACUCACUAUAAAACAGCCACCGGUGCCCAUCGCUCCCCCCCAGCUGACGGCCGUGGGGGCCACCUACCUCUGGAUCCAGCUCAACGCCAACUCCAUCAACGGCGAUGGCCCCAUCAUCGACCGAGAGGUGGAGUACCGCACGGUCUCCGGCACCAUGUACGACCUGCAGCCCGUGGACAAGACCACCCACAAGAUCGGCCACCUGGACCCUGACACCGAGUACGAGAUCAGCGUGCUGCUGACUCGGCCCCUGGAGGGAGGGACAGGGGCCCCCGGGCCCCCGCUCAGAGCCAGGACCAAAUGUGCCGAGCCGAUGCACGGCCCCCAGAAGCUGGAGGUGACGGACGUCCAGUCGCGGCAGGUGACCCUCCGCUGGGAGCCGCUGGGCUACAACGUGACCCGCUGCCACAGCUACAACCUCACGGUGCACCUCCGCUACCGGGUGGUGGUGGCCGGCGGCGGCGGCUCCAAGGAGGAGAGCCGCGAGGAGGUGUGCUACGACGCGCAGAGCCCCCGCAGCCCCCAGCACACCCUGCACAACCUGACGCCCUUCACCAACCUCAGCGUGCGGCUGGUGCUCAGCAACCCGGAGGGGGUGAAGGAGAGCGGGGAGCUGGAGAUGCAGACGGACGAGGACGUGCCAGGAGCCGUGCCUCUGGAGUCCAUCCAGGGCAGCGCCUACGAGGAGAAGAUCGUGCUGAAGUGGAGGGAACCGGCGCACACGUACGGCAUAAUCACUCAGUACGAGAUCUCCUACAAGGCGGUGAGCUCCUUCGACCCCGAGCUGGACCUGUCCAACCAGAGCGGCAAGGUGAUGAAGUUGGGCAACGAGAGCACCCACGUGUUCACCGGACUCUACCCGGGCUCCACUUACUCCUUCACCCUCCGCGCCAGCACCGCCAAGGGCUACGGCCCGCCCGUCAUCACCCAGUUCACCACCAAGAUCUCAGCCCCCUCGAUGCCCACCUACGACAAGGAGACCUCCCUGAACCAGAGCGACACCACGGUGACGGUGCUACUCAAGCGAGCCCAGAGCAGAGGGGCUCCAGUGAGUGCCUACCAGGUGGUGGUGGAGGAGGAGAGGCCUCGGCGCGCGCGCGGCACGGCCGAGAUCCUUCGCUGCUACCCGGUGCCCAUCCACUUCCAGAACGCCACGGCGCUCAACUCGCCGUACUACUUCACCGCCCAGUUCCCGGCCGGCGGCGUCCAGGCGGCGCAGCCCUUCACCGUGGGGGACAACAAGACGUACAACGGCUACUGGAACGCCCCGCUGCUGCCCCAGAAGAGCUACAGCGUCUACUACCAGGCCGUCAGCACGGCCAACGGGGAAACCAAAAUCGACUGUGUCCGAGUCGCCACCAAAGCCGCCAUUCUGGUGACGCAGCUCACCACGCCCUACGUCCGCAUCGUGCCAGCCGCCGGUGACAGCCAGCUCACAGGCGCGGCGACCCACAAGCCCGACGCGGUGGAGCCGGAGAAGCAGACGGAUCACACGGUGAAGAUCGCCGGGGUCAUCGCCGGCAUCCUGCUCUUCGUCAUCAUCUUCCUCGGGGUGGUGCUCCUGAUGAAGAAAAGAAGAACCUAUCAGUCCUACACUUACUACCUGAAGCUGGCGAAGAAGCGCAAGGAAACGAUGAACAGCACACGGCAGGAAAUGACGGUGAUGGUCAACUCCAUGGACAAGAGCUACACGGAGCAGGGCACCAACUGCGACGAGGCGCUGUCCUUCAUGGACACACACAACCACACGCUCACCGCCCGCAGCGAGUGUGCGCUCACACUCAACGCACGCAGCGAGUGCAGCCUGACGCUCAACGGGCGAGCUGGGUCUUCGCCUUCCUCCUUCACGCUGCCGAAAUCCAACACUCUGACUACCUCCAUUCCCCCCAACACUUACUACCCAGGAGCUGAUCCAUUUGUGCCAACUGCGAUUCUAGUCCCCAUUAAUGCAGACGAGAGCCAGACCAUGGGCAGCGACACCAGCAGCCUGGUGCAGUCCCACACCCACUCGUCGCUGCGGAAGCGGGAGCCCGUGGACGUGCCCUACCAGACGGGCCAGCUGCACCCGGCCAUCCGCGUGGCCGACCUCCUGCAGCACAUCACCCAGAUGAAGUGCUCCGAGGGCUACGGCUUCAAGGAGGAGUACGAGAUCAAUGAGAGUUUCUUCGAAGGACAGUCGGCGCCCUGGGACUCUGCCAAAAAGGACGAGAACCGCAUGAAGAACCGAUACGGGAACAUCAUCGCAUACGAUCACUCCCGUGUCAGGCUGCAGGCCCUGGAGGGGGAGCAGAGCUCCGAUUACAUUAAUGCAAAUUACGUUGAUGGCUACCACAGGCCAAAUCACUACAUCGCUACACAAGGCCCUAUGCAGGAGACAGUCUUUGACUUCUGGAGGAUGGUUUGGCAGGAGAACACAGCCGCCAUCGUCAUGGUGACCAACCUGGUGGAGGUGGGCAGGGUCAAGUGCUGCAAGUACUGGCCCGACGACACAGAGAUCUACCGGGACAUCAAGGUGACGCUGAUCGAGACGGAGCUGCUGUCGGAGUACGUCAUCAGGACCUUUGCCGUGGAGAAGAGAGGCGCUCACGAGAUCAGGGAGAUACGACAGUUCCACUUCACGGGCUGGCCGGACCACGGCGUGCCCUACCACGCCACAGGGCUGCUGGGCUUCAUCCGCAGGGUCAAGUCCAAGACCAUGACCAACGCCGGGCCAAUGGUGGUCCACUGCAGUGCGGGGGCGGGCCGGACCGGCUGCUUCAUAGUGAUUGACAUCAUGCUGGACAUGGCUGAGAGAGAGGGCGUGGUGGACAUCUACAACUGUGUGAGGGAGCUACGCUCACGCAGAGUCAACAUGGUCCAGACAGAGGAGCAGUACGUCUUCAUCCACGACGCCAUCUUGGAGGCGUGUCUCUGCGGGGACACCACCAUCCCGGCCAAUCAGCUGCGCUCGGUCUACUACGACAUGAACCGCCUGGACCCGCAGACCAACUCCAGCCCCAUUAAAGAGGAGUUCAGGACCCUGAACAUGGUGACCCCCACCCUGCGGGUGGAGGACUGCAGCAUCGCCCUGCUGCCGCGGAACCACGAGAAGAACCGCUGCAUGGACGUGCUGCCGCCGGACCGCUGCCUGCCCUUCCUCAUCACCAUCGACGGGGAGAGCUCCAACUACAUCAACGCCGCCCUCAUGGACAGCUAUAAGCAGCCAUCUGCGUUCAUCGUGACCCAGCACCCCCUCCCCAACACGGUGAAGGACUUCUGGAGGCUGGUGCUCGACUACCACUGCACCUCCAUCGUGAUGCUCAACGACGUGGACCCCGCCCAGUUGUGUCCACAGUACUGGCCAGAGAACGGCGUUCACCGCCACGGACACAUCCAGGUGGAGUUCGUGUCCGCUGACCUCGAGGAGGACAUCAUCAGCAGAAUAUUCCGGAUUUACAACGCUGCCCGGCCCCAGGAUGGCUACCGCAUGGUGCAGCAGUUCCAGUUCCUGGGCUGGCCCAUGUACCGGGACACGCCCAUGUCCAAACGCUCCUUCCUCAAGCUCAUCCGACAGGUGGACAAGUGGCAGGAGGAGUAUGACGGGGGAGAGGGACGCACCGUGGUGCACUGUCUGAACGGCGGCGGGCGCAGCGGCACCUUCUGCGCCAUCAGCAUCGUGUGUGAGAUGCUGCAGCACCAGCGCACCGUGGACGCCUUCCACGCCGUGAAGACCCUGCGCAACAACAAGCCCAACAUGGUGGACCUCCUGGAGCAGUACAAGUUCUGCUACGAAGUCGCCUUGGAGUACCUGAACUCUGCAUGAGCCCUCCUCCCGGACACACAAAACGCACACGCACACACAUACACACACACACAUACACACACCCAAGCCCCAUUGAAAAAAAAAGAAUCCUAAUAAUGAUAAGGUGGACGGGUUGUCACCUGUCACAUGUGAAGGCCUCUGGAAGAGGGAGGUGUGUGUGUCUGUGUGUGUGUGGGCGCACACCAGAGCAGGUGCCAGACCUGGCCAGACUUUGGAGCAGCCCUUCUGUUUCGGUUUGUGUUCUUGUCCGGCUGCGGUCGGAUUCGUGGGCUGGAUGGUGACAGUGACGAGUUGUACAUAAUAAGUGACACAGCGCGUCCCCGGAGCUGCUGAAGGACCCUAUGAAGCAAGAGCACAAAGAUACGUUGCAGUGGCUCUCUCUCUCACGCUCUCUCACUCUCUCUUGCUCUCUCUCUUUCUCUUUUGCUCUCUCUCUCUCUCUCUCUCUCUCUCUCUCUCUCUCUCUCUCUCUCUCUCUCUUGCUCUCUCGCUCUCUCGCUCUCUCUUGCUCUCUCUCUCUCUCUCUCUCUCUCUCUCGCUCUCUCUUGCCUUCUCGCUCUCUCUCGCUCUUUCUAAUGGCUCGGCCCCACCAAAACCAUGCUCACCUUUUUGAUGAGGCAUGGCAAACGCCCACCCUCUCUCUAUUGGCUUAUGUGGGAGUCUACCACUUUGUCGAUGGCUUAAAACCACAAGUCCUUGUGUUCCUUCCAGUACCCACCGAAUGUUGAUUGUCCAAUGGCGUGGCCAUUGGUCUUUGCAUAAAGUUAAAUGAAGUUCAACUUUUGCCCCACCCCUUCAACCACGCCGCGAUCCCUCGCCCACACAUGAGCCUACCCACAAUCCCUUGCCCAAGGGGUCCAGCACGCCUUCAAUACAAAGUGAAUGGGAGCCACACUCAAGGCCACAAGAUUUGUGGGCCGAGCCGUCUAUUAUCUCUCUCUCUCUCUCUCUCUCUCCCUCCCUCCCUCCCCCUCUCUCUCUCCCCCUCUCUCCCCCUCUCUCUCUCUCUCUCUCUCCCUCUCCCUCUGUCUAGUCUUUCUCUUGAGUCUCUCUCUUCCUCUGUCGUUAGUUGUGUUUUUUUCUACUCGCCUGUGGUUCCAUGGUUGUUGCCUUGAUCCUCAUUGGAUAUCGCUAAGUAUUACAAAACUCUCCCGUCUCCAGUGGAAUGCCAUGCACCGUACGUAACGUAAAUGUGUUAAUUUUACUCCCCUCUGCAAACAUCGUUCCCGAUCUUUCGUCUCUCUCGCUCUUUUUUUAUUAGUUUUUACUCUCGUUUUUUUGCAUUGAAUAACAAAACGACCAUGAAGGAACUUGUACAAAAGACAAAAUCGGGGACGACAUCCACACCUGCUACCGUCCGUGUUGCUACGUGUCCUGUGAAACGAUGACCUCAUCGGUACCUAUCACACACCCCAGCCAGUGAGGUCAGGGGGAGGAGCCUCACCCCAGAGUCCCCCAUCCGCUUCUUACCUGAUUUCCUGUACAGAUCUCCCAAAGCUUUAUUUGCACUCCCAUUUUUGAUUAUUGUGCAUAUUGUACAUAACUCUCUCGGUUAUUUAUUUGUGGUUCGUACGCUGUUGUGACUCGCAGUAAGUGACAAUCAUGUUUUAAAUGGGUUUGUUGUUUUUAAUGGAUCGUGAUCGUGUGCGCAUUUCUGUUUAUUGUUUGUUUUUUUUCCAAGUCGUCCACAUGCGACGAAAAAAUGGUUUCCAUUGUAAAAAGAUAUAUAUAUAUAAAUAUAUAUAAAUGCAUAUUGA